AUGGAGUUAUGCGGUCCCCGUCAGAACAUCGACAUCCGAGACCUCUUGCAAUCUUACCACAAUUCAAAAGCUGCCACCCAUGAGAUUCUGCAUCAAGUCUCUUCCACGAAAAUCCAGCCUCACCAUUCUAGCAUUCACGCUCUUCAAGAUGCCGCGAGAACCGGAUAUGCAGAGAUCCCAGCUGAGGACACACCUCUCCUUGAAGGUCUCCCUCGGAAUAAAUUGCCCUUUGAUCUGCGCUCUGAGAGGUGUCUCUCACUAGCAGCCGAAUGGCUACGUAAAUGCUACAAGGGACAUAAAGAGUGUGAUAAGCGCGAAGACAAACCGCCUUUUUUCCCUACAAGUGUUAUUGACGUCGGAAGCUCGCUCAAAAGGCCGCAUUUACAUGUCAGUAGUGUCGGCGAAACUGGGAGAUGGGUGGCUCUGAGCUAUUGUUGGGGCGGUGAUUCCAGAUUUACUCUCAACGCCUCAGGACGGUCUUUAAAGCUUUUCCCAUCUACUCUACGGGACGCCGUCCUUGUGACAAGAGCCCUUGGGGUACGUUACUUAUGGAUCGACUCUCUAUGUAUCUUUCAAGAUGAUUCUAGUGACUGGGAAGCCGAGGCUUCGAAGAUGAGCAGCGUCUAUAGGCAUGCAGCUGUCACAAUUGCCGCUACAAGCGCAGAAUCAGCCAACGACGGGUUUCUCGAUAAGAGGGCACCGUACUUUAGCUGCACUUUUCCUUGGCGUCGACGAUACUACCAAGGUAGCGGUAGCGUCAAUGACGAUUCUCGCGCUGACCCUGUCGUCUUUCGGAGUUAUAGGCGUCCUUUUCACCGCGAGCCGUUACGGCAUUCGCGCUGGGCUACCAGAGGCUGGACACUCCAAGAGGAGCUACUGUCGAGAAGACUCUUGUAUUACACGAAAGAAGAGAUGGUUUGGAGAUGCCGCGCUGGAAGGGCUAGAGAACCAGCGAGAGACGUCAAUGGAUAUGACACCGAGUUUCCGGAACCACAGUUGUUUAUUCCAGAUGAGCCAGAUGACAAACACACACCAGGUUCCACGCGAUCAGCUUACAAAACCUGGUUUAAGCUGCUAGAAGAUUAUGCAGCACGAAAUCUCACAUUUGAAAAGGAUCGCCUGCCGGCGAUCGGGGCAUUGGCCGAGUCGUUCCAUGCUCACUUGAAAGAACAGUACUGCGCGGGAUUGUGGAGGGGUGACCUCCUAUUUGGCUUGCUAUGGAGCAUUCGCCAUUGUCAAGGUUCAGGAAGACCUGCUCCGACGAGUGUUCCUUCAAUCGAGCGCGGGCCGUCGUGGAGCUGGAUAGGAGCCCACGCAUAUAUCAGUUUGAAGUGGCCCUCGCCAGGCGCUCGUUCCUUUAUGACCUACCUUGCAAGGGUUGUCCAUUGCCAGGUUUACCGCAAGUCUCACGACAUUUUUGGUCACGUAGAAGGCGCGGAGCUUGUCCUGGAAGCACCGUAUCGGCACGUCUGUCUUAGACCCGGCAGCUAUUCGAAAUUUAGAUGGGAACCCGUGAAAAGUACGAGGGAGCUAACACAGAUUGCUCUGAUGAGGCCUGAACACCUCAAAUCAACGGAAACCAGCAGCUCUGUCAUCUUUCCGAGCAGCAGCGUGGAGUUCACACUGAUCCAGGUUGCAAAAGUGACUGGAGUUCUCAGGCCACGACUCUAUCUUCUCAUUUUACAGCCACACACAAGAACCGAAGCCAAUAGUGGGGGACUGCAUCGCUAUCGUAGGGUUGGACUGCUGCGACUUCAGCCUGAGAUAGAAGAUUGCUGGUCUGAUGAGCCCAGCCACGCUGUAUCUGUCGAGAGAAUAUCGACAAGACGAUUGGAGGAUGCUGCAUAUUGGGAAGUUAUCCGAGAAGAAUGGCCAGUUGGGUCCUUUCUAAUUGAGUGA